AUGGUUUGUCCGCAGGACUCACCUGAUGUAUGGUCAAUUAUAGAAUGUGGACAACUAGAGGUGGAGGGUAGUACGGUUCUCGAUUUAUUGCUACCAAAUGGCUUCCUCGUCAGUGUACGAUGCUCCAUGGACCUCACCCUUGCUAUGCUUAAACAAGAAUUAUUCAUACAGGCAAAGAAAUUGCCGCUGUUUAAUCUUUUGUUGACACCAUCGGAUUAUAUAUUUUUCACGAUUAGAACAGACGGUGAACGUGAAGAACUGUACGAUGAAUCGCGUUCCAUAUUUUCAUUACGGCUUUUCGUGCCGCUACUUUGCUUGAUUGAGCCUGAGGGCAAUCGGGAAGAAAAAGAACUGAUACAUGAUAUUGGUCUUGCUAUUGGACGUCCAUUGACAGAAAUUGAAGCGAAAUUGUCUUCUGAAGAAAUGUCAUACCGGAUGGAUUUGUACAGAGUAUCAGAGCAAGCAGUGGCUAACCGCGGGGUUGUCGGCUAUUCUCACUAUGCGUUUCCUGAAGAGGUUUCAAGCGAAUUAGAUACUGAUAUCCCGCCGCAAGUCAAAUCAAAAAUUGAAAUGGCAGAUUUGUACAUUGAACUAUGGUAUCGCAGUAGAGAAGAUGAACUGGCAAAUAUUGAUACGAAUUGUGUUUGUGUUAAAAUUCGUAAAGUGAUUGGUGUUCACGCUUCAGAUGCCAUAGCAAACGCGAUAAAGGAGCUUAUGCAACAGCAUAAAUUAUUUAUCAAGGAAACUGCUUCUGAUUUCUUGUUGCAAAUAGCAGGACGGCGCUGUUUUUUGACCAAGGAUAUCAGGUUAACGAGCUUUGAGUAUGUCAGAUCAUGUUUCGAAAACUAUCGCAUACCAAAAUUCAUAUUGCGGAGGAAAGAUAUCGUGAUGAAGGACUUUACAGAACCUCCACCCAUAACCAAACCGAGUUGGGUACGAGCGUAUGAGAGUCGACUCGAUCGAGCUGACAAAAUUGCUAUGAAGGAAUGUUCUUUAUGGAAAGUGGACGAUAAUCUGAAAUUACGGAUACAUAGCGCAUCUCAUUUAAGUAUAUUAGAUUUCGAUAAGAUAUAUGUGAAAGCAUCUGUAUAUCAUGGAAUGGAUCUUAUUGCGAACAAAGAAUCAGCCUAUGUUUCUCCUUCAAAUCCUCGUUGGAAUGAUGGCUGGAUCGAUUUCGAUCUAUGUUUGAAAGAUUUGGCUCCCUCUGUACAGCUGUGCCUUUCUUUAGUUGCUGUGAAACAAAAAAAAAAGGAGGAAUACAAUGGAAUUGGUUGGGUCAAUUUACGCCUUUUUGAUUACAGUGGAAAACUUGUUCAGGGCAAACAUAUGCUUUAUUUGUGGCCUUUCCCAAAGUACUGCACGGAACUACUUUAUCCAUCCGGACAACUAGGUUCAAAUGACAAUCGUGAUACAGUUCGUAUUGAAGUGGAAUUUCAAGAUUAUGGUUGUAUCGAAUUUCCAGAUAUAGAUUCAGUGUGUGAAUAUGUCGAAAAACUAGACAUUCGGAGUACAAGAUCGUCUUCACCAACUUUAUCUCCACCAUCUAAUUCCACAAGAGAAUUUCUUGACUCCUUACGUUUUGUGAAUGCUGAAAAUUUAACCGACAUGCAAAUGGAACGUUUGUGGGAAUCGAGAGAGUUAGUUGCACAAUAUAAGCCUGAUUUAUUGCCACUGAUUGCGCAGUGCCCCUUGAUUUGGACGAGAAGAGACGAAUUUUCACGAUUAUACGAAUUAUUAAAGCGAUGGGGUAAGAUUCAACCAGAAAUGGCUUUAAUGCUUCUGGAUUUUAAAUAUCCUGAUAUCAGAAUCCGAGAGUUUGCAGUAGAUUCGCUUGAUAAUGUUCUGGACAAUGACAGAUUACAGCUUUAUAUUUUGCCUCUCCUUCAGGUUUUGAAGUUUGAGCCAUAUGGUUCAUGUGCUUUGAGUAGAAUGCUUCUGAAAAGAGCGCUCUGUAAUAAUCGUAUUGGUCAUAUAUUGUUUUGGUUACUGCGAGCUGAACUUGGACAACUAAGUGAAGUAGGUCAGGAUUUGACGAGGAUUUACAAACGUUUUGCAUUAAUGAUUGAGGCCUACUGUCGAGCUAACUGCACUCACCUUAAUUCUAUGUUGCGGCAAGUAGAUAUGGUAGUAAGACUGACAAAUCUUAGUAGAAUUAUCAAAACUAUGAAGGAUAAUGAAUGCGCUACUAAGCAUCUACAAAAAGAAUUAGCUUCAUAUGUGGAAAUAAUGCAGAAUAUGAUCUCACCUCUAGAUAUUUCCGAUAGUUUAGGCACAUUAAACAUUGAACAGUGCAGGGUGAUAGGAAGUGCGAAGCAACCACUUCGGCUAGCUUGGACUAAUCCGGAACCUUUAGCUCGAUUGCAUAGUGAGACGCAUCAAAUUAUCUUCAAGAAUGGUGAUGAUCUGCGGCAAGAUAUGCUAACUCUACAAGUUAUGCGUAUUAUGGAUUCACUGUGGAAAAGCCAGGAUUAUGAUCUCUGCUUAAGCAUUUAUGAAGUGCUGCCAAUGGGGAGAAAUGUUGGAAUGAUCUACGUCGUUCAAAAUUGCAAUACACUUUUUGAAAUUCAAUGUGCUGCAAAACAACUUGGCUCAACGUUCAGUAUGGAAAGCGGUCUUAUUAAUAAAUAUAUACGAAAUUGUUCGGAGAAUUCGAAAGUAUAUUUGGAAGGAGUUGAUCGUUUUACUGCUUCAUGUGCUGGAUAUUGUGUUGCAACAUAUGUACUGGGAAUCAAAGAUAGACACCAAGACAAUAUCAUGCUAGCUAAAGAUGGAAGGCUGUUUCACAUCGAUUUUGGACAUUUUUUGGGGCACCAUAAAAAGAAAUUAGGUAUUAAUCGUGACCGAGUACCUUUUGUUUUAACCGAUCAUUUUCUUUGCGUUAUAGCCAAAGGCAAAAGCAAUUUCCGUGACAGCCACGAAUAUAAAAAGUUCAAAAAGCUAUGUACAGACGCAUAUAUUAUAUUACAUCAACGGUCCAAGUUAUUUAUUUCACUCUUUUCGGUGCUACUAUGUAUGGGACUUCCUGAAUUGCAAAAGGCGGAGGAUAUUGAUUUUUUGAAAGGAACAUUAUGCUCCGAUGUGAAUUCCAAUACUGCAGCUGCAUCGUUUUAUAAAAUUUUUGAAGAAGCCUUUAGCGGCGCAUGGUCAACUAAAACUAAUUGCUUGGAUGAAUCACAGAAUGAUCGAAAUCGUAAAAUACCACGUCAACAGGCUCUUUCGAGCAUGUCAUAUGUGCAAAAUCAUACGUUAGCUUUUGCAGAAGUUCUCGUCUUGAAAAAAUAUAAGACCACGGAUCGUAUAAACGUUGCACAAAAGGCUUUUAACGAUAAGCGAUGGCUUGGAGAUAUAAUUGAGAAUAACUUCCAAGAACGUGCUGUAUUUACGUUAAUGGGACAUGAUCAUGGACCGAAGAUACCGUCAUAUACAUUAUAUGAUAAUUAUCGCGAGAUAUCAAAACUUCGAGCACAUGAAGAAAGACUGGCGCGGAUUGGUCUAAAAGAUCCCUGGAUAAGGAAUUACUCAUAUUUAUUCAUGGGACGAUUUGCUGGCGAUCAAUGGGGUAGCUUUAAACAUAUGUUUCGUGCUGGCUGGAAGUUAGGAUGUGGUGUUGCGGCUGCAGUAAUAGCUGUAGAAGAAUCAUACAUGUACUGGAAUGAUUUCGCUAGUUUAGAUGCUAACAAAUUAUUGGAAAAAACAGUGAAGCAGCUUACUGCUAAUAGUGAUCAAUGGAUUAUCCCAAAAAAUGGUCAAAAUACAGCCGUCUCGCAACAUCAACUUUCUGGCAGCGCAGCGAGCAUAAUUAAUUUGCUGAAUGUUAUCAUGCAAAUUCUGAGCAGAAACCGAUCAAAUUUAAUGUCAUCCAAUCAAUACACACGACAGUCUCCCACGAAAUUGAAUUGGAAUCUGAAACGAUACCUUGAGCCUAUAAAUGCAAUGAAUGAUUAUAGUCAAAAGCGCAAGCCUUUGGCUCAUUUAGACACGGGUGGAAGUAAUUUUGAUCGUUUUAUAAUAUCGGAGAGAAGAAACGACAAUCCAAUUUUGGAUUGGAUUGUUGGCAAAUUUAGUAGACGAGGCUUGGAUUGGUCAAGUGGAAAUCUGCGAUUGGUCAAUGUACAAGGUAACAGUAUACUGGGAUCCGAUUUAAUUGUACACGAUCGUAGCGUCGAAAUACCGCUUAAACAAUGGCUGUAUAUUUUGAAUUCAAUUUUGAAGCCAAGCCCUAAUUACACAUAA